AUGCAUCUAAGUUCAGUGCGCGUGGCGUUGGCGGCUGUUUUGGCACUGGUGCUUGGCUUGGCGGCAGCUUCGCCUUCCCCUCCUCACCACGUGGCGCGCCGCUCCUUCUUCAAACUCCAGUGCAAAGGCAUCUACGACGCCUCUAUCUUCGCGCGGCUCGAUCGCAUAUGCGACGACUGCUAUAACCUAUUCAGGGACCCCUCACUGUACAACCUCUGCAGGAAAGACUGUUUCACGACAGACUACUUCAAGGGCUGCGUGGAAGUUCUGCAAGAAACCGACCAGCUAGAACUCUUCAAGACGUAUAUAAAACAGUUACACGGGGCCGAUCCAGGGAUUUAG